AUGGAGAUUAGAAACUAUUUAUCAAGUGAAGAUUACAUAUUUGAAUUAGAAAAUAAUGAAAAUUUUUUUGAUCAUAAAUUUCCUAUUAAUAUAAAACCAACAUGGAGUAUUAAAGGACACAAUAAUUCUAUAGAAGGAAUACAUGUAAUAAAUGAAAAUAAAUUUGUAACAGUUUCUCAUGAUUGUUAUGUUUCAUUGUGGAAUUUAGAAAAUAAAAAAAAUUUAAGAAACAUAAAAUUAGAAUAUCCAAUUUUAUGUUCUAGUUAUAAUAAGAAGAAAAAAUAUCUGUGUGUAGGUUUGACUAACAAAAAUAACAAUAUAUGUUUAAUAGAUAUAGAAAGAAAUAAAACUAUGGAAAAUUUAGUCAGUAAAUGUAAUUCUAUAUUUUGCAUGAAUUAUUUUGAAGAGGAUAAAAUUACUUAUGGAUGUAAAGAUGGUUCAAUAUGUUUAAUAGAUUUAAAUAAAAAAAAAAAUAUUUAUAGAUAUGAAGAAAUAGAUGAUUGUUUAAAUUAUUGCACAUAUAAUAUUAAUCAUAAAACACAUAUUUUUAGCACACGUAAAGGAAAUGUUCUAUUUUUUGAUUUUAGAUAUACUUUGCCUGUUUAUCAAAAUAAUAACUUACAUUCAAAAUAUUCUGUUAAUACAUUAUUUUCAUAUAACAAUUAUUUAUACUCAGGUGGGUCCGAUUGUCUAAUAAAAAAAUUUGAUUUACGAUUUCUUGAUGAAAGUAAGCCAUUAGAAAUUUUCCUUGGACACACAUCACCAAUUAGAUUUUUAUCUUUUUCUAAUAAUUUGCUUUAUUUUUGUUCUUCUUCUGAUAAUGGAAGUAUAAAAUUGUGGGAGAUAGAUAAAAAUAUUGAAUCAACAAAUAAAAUUUCAGGUUCUUUAAUUCCUACUUCGAUUACUCCAUCCUAUACAGAAAAUUUAAAUACAAAAUUACAAGACAAUAAAAGUAGAAAAAUUAGUAAAAAUUUCUUGGAAUUAAAUAAGAAUAUCAUAACUAAUAACAGAUCAAGUUUUAUUGCAUCUGAGUGUACUUAUGGAAAAUCAUCUCUUCUUUUAAAAAAUAAUAAUAAAAAGGGUGAAAAAGCUAUUACUGAUAAAAAAAGAACAUUAACACCCAAUGUUCUGAAUAUAAAUAAAGAAAGAGUAUCAGUUGUUUCAAGAAAUGAAUUAUUUAAUACCAUAAAAACAAAAAAUACAAAUAAAAAUUCCUUAAAUAAUUUAAAAAUUAAUGAUUACUCAAAAGAUACAUAUCUACAAAUAAAUAAAUUAGAAAUAAAAAACAGUAAACCUCACAAUAAGUCGAAUCUUCUUACAUCAGUCCAUUCUUCCGCUAAUAAAAAUUAUGAUUUAAGAUUUAAAAGUAAAAUUAACUUAAAUAAAUCUAAUGAAAUAAUAAAGAAUACUGGUAAUUUUUUAAAUAAAUUAAAUGAUUCCAACAUUAAAAAUUUAUUUCAUAAUGACGAUUUAGUCAAUAAUUCUAUAGAAAAAACAAAAUUAAAAAACUCAACUUUAUCUAUGCUAAAUCAUAGAAGUAGAGUUUCUUCAAUGGAAUGGUUUAAUAAUAUUAUUUUAUCUUCUUCAUGGGAUCAAUCAAUUAAAUGUUGGGAUGUAAAAAAAUACAUAAUGAAUCAAUUAUAA